AUGGCAGGCGCAGCAGGAGCAGGAGCCAGCUCCUCACGAUGGUAUAGACCCGUACCGGGAUUUCACCCACAUCAGCCCGCAUUCAAGCACAGAUGGGGCGCCAAGUUGCUCGGAGCCACCAUGUGGUUUUGGAUCUUCUACCGUGCUAAGCAGGACGGUGCUGUUCUCUUGGGACUCAAACACCCCUGGGACGGCCAUCACGCUCAUGACGACCAUGACGACCACCACUGA